UGUCUUGGCUGUCAGUGUUCAGAGAUCGGAGAGAACAGACCUAACCCCUGGGAGCUCUCUCUCUCACUCACUCACUCACUCUCUUACUCUGUCUCUCUGGCUGGCUACCUUUCGGCGCCCUCACACACUCACACUCGCCUAUCCGGAGUGAGUGUAUGCGUGUGCGUGUCUGUGUGUGUGGGUGUGGGUGGGCGCGUGUCUAAGAGGACUCUUCCGCCGGUCAUCUGACAAACACUAAAAUGAAGGUGGUGACGGCGGCGGUGGUGGCCCUUGUGGCGGCGGCGCUCGCGGGGGCAGACAAGGCGUCCCAAGGCCCUCAGCUGCAUCACUUCGUGGGACAGGACGGCUACGACUCCUUCGGCCAGGCCGUAGCGCAUCCCCCAGUCUACGGGGGACCCCAGCACGACAUUGGUAUCGGUUCGGGAGGCUACAGCGAUGGCGGCGGCGUGGGUGCUAGCGGCAGCGGGUAUGGCGGACACAGUGGCGGUCAUGGUGGUGGUCAUGGUGGCUAUGGUGGAGGUGGUUACCCUCCUCCAGAGACCCUGUCGCACACCAGCUACAAGACGCAGUACGUGCCAGUGUUGCAGCCCAUCCACGGCGGCGGCGGCGGCGGUGGGGGGAAGGGGAAAGGGAAGGGGAAGGGCGGACCCUUCACACAGUUCAACAAGAUGAUCGAAGACGCCGGCAAGAAGCUCAGCAAGUUUGUGAGUGACUACAUUGACUAUAACGUGGACGACUCCUACCACGAGCCGUCCUACUCCUACGCCGCCCCUGUGCACUCCUACGCUGCAUCUGGACCUUCCUACGCUGCGUCCGGCCCAUCCUACGCUGCGUCCGGCCCCUCCUAUGCCCCGUCCGGCCAAUCGUACGGCGGGGGCCAGCACCAGCAGUCAUACGGCCAGCAGGGACACUCGUACGGCCACACGGACUACUACACCACCUACCAGGCCGUGCCGGUGCCUGUCUACGACGACGAGGAGGAGGAGUCCUUCGGUUCCAAGUUAGCCAAGGGGUGGAAGAACGCCAAGGACACGGUGCGGGGGUGGGAGGAGGAGGCCACCAAGAAGAUCAAGGACUUCUUCACCUACGAGAACGAGAAAGGCAAGGGUGGAGGAGAAGACUACCCGGACUACAUUUACUACGAGAUCCCGGCACACUAUGGCAAAGCCGGCGGCGGCCACUAUGCCCAGGGGCCGGCGAUCGUGCCCCACGGCCCCGUCGGCAAGGGCUUGGGAGGAGGCGGCUUUGGCGGUGGCUUCGGGAGCGUCGGUAAGGGCAAAGGAUUCGGUGGUGGAGGUGGAGGAGGAUACGGCGGCGGCGGUGGCUUUGGAGGCGGGAAAGGCAUCGGAGGUAAAGGAGGAUUUGGCGGAGGUAAGAAAAAGGGAGGGAAGGGCGGGUUCAUACCACCGGCGCCACAGCCCAUCGUGGUGCAGCCCCAGUCCUCCUAUGGCCCGCCCCCUGCAUCGUCCUAUGGCCAGUCCCACCAUGGCUCCUACGUGCCCCCUACAUCCUCCUACGGCGCGCCCCCCGUGCACGGAAAGAGCGACUCCAUCCCAGUGGUCCCUCACGACGCAGGCCAUCACGAAACAUCUUCUUAUGCCUCGUAGGACAUUGCUGACCUGCUCCCCUUGUGACCCAGCCCAACAUGGCAUCAGUAUACACACACUGUCUACCGGUCAGCGGGAAUCAUCUAUCUAUCUAUCGUGUCCACAGCUGUGUGAGGCAUCAACUGGCUCUCUACUCUCGCCUGGCACAGCUGUCUGUAUACCCUCUGGUGCCUGUCUGGGGCUGAGUCCAACAGGGCCGAGGUAACAGUGCUGAUUUCUGUACAAAUUUAUGAGGAGUGAGUCUGGCUGCUGGCAGCGUUACACUUAGUUAAGUCCUUCCUCUGAAUACCCUUCCCUCCUCCUCCUCCUACCUUUACUACUCGCCCACACUGCCUUCGUAGGUGCAGCAGUGCUCUUCCACAAAGUCUGUUCUCCGAGUGCUGUCUCAGAGUGAGUACACAGGGACAGGCAAGGAUGUUAGGAGACUGCAAAAUGCCAGUUGGGUGACCUUAACAUGGCAGCUCCUGAGAACUAUUUAUUCAUCAUCUGCCCUCCCCAUACAUCAACCUGUCAACCUUUUCUUUGUUUUAGCUACAAA